AAACAUACUACAACAUUUACUAAAGACAGGUGAACACAGUGGGGUCAGCUGCUGCAUGCGAUUCCCAUCCAGGAGAAGCCCAAACUUGACAGCGGAGGGUAAUAUUCUGGGAAGCGAAUGAAGAAACACCUUUUGCUUCUCUUCACAUAUAGAGGACUAGUGAGAAAAGGGAAAAAGUGUAAAAGAAGAAAAUGGCCAAUUUUAAUUUGCGUAAAGCGGAGCCAAAAGACGUGCCUGACAUAUUGCGACUCAUAAAGGAACUCGCCAAGUAUGAAGAAAUGGAAGACCAAGUUAUAUUAACUGAGAAAGAUCUGCUCGAUGACGGAUUCGGAGACCACCCGUUUUACCACUGUGUGGUCGCAGACGUGCCAGCCGAGCAUCAGAAAGUCGAGGGUUAUUCUGUGAUUGGAUUUGCCAUGUACUACUUCACCUAUGACCCUUGGAUUGGCAAACUGCUGUACCUUGAAGAUUUUUAUGUAAUGAAAGAGUACAGAGGUUUUGGAAUUGGGUCUGAAAUACUGAAAACCCUCAGUGAUACAGCCGUGAAGAAUCGGUGCAGCAGCAUGCAUUUCAUCGUGGCUGAGUCCAACAAAGCAUCCAUUGACUUUUACAAGCGACGUGGGGCUUCCGACCUCUCGCUGCAGGAGGGAUGGCGACUUUUCAGGAUCGAUAAGGAGAAUCUCCUGAAAAUGUCUGCCUAUGAGUGAGCUGUGCCGGAGUUCAAGUGUUCAAGGAGAGACUAGGGAUGGCUCACAACCAUUGUUUAGUUUAAAUAAUACUUUAAUCCUUACAUAAAAUGCAUUUAAAUACACUGUGGGUAUUAAUCAUAUUAAUAAACAGCAAUUUACUCUGAGAUGAAGUUACAGUGCUUGUAUUCAUCCUUAUAUUUCAAUCAUAUUCUGUAGUUUGUAUGUCAGAGUACAUUAUGAAUAGUCUUUUAUUUGUAUCCAAUUUAAUGCAUAAAAAAUCUAAAAAAAGGAAAGGAAAAAGUCGUCUUGUAUUUGAUUAUAUGCAGGGCCGUUGCUAGUGGGGUGAAAGGUGGUGACAAUUAUAGGGGCCCCCACUGCCCAAGGGUCCCACUAAAUCCAGUAGUAAUGCUAUAUAUUCCACUACCCUUAUAUGAAUCAUUUUAGGAUAUAUAUUACAAAGUCAGCUUGUAUGCCUGAGAGUUUAAUGAAAACCUCAAAAACAUGAAAUUUAGUUAAGAAUGCUUUCCAAAUAUCUCCUCUCUCCCCUCCAUAAAAAUGGUUUAGUCUGAUGUUAAUUAUUUCAGCUCAGUCAGCUACAAAAAACGAGAG